GCCACGAGGUGCGGGGUGGUCCUGGGGGGCAGCGCGGGCUGACGGCCGCCGGGACCUGUCCCCGCAACCUCCCGAGUCCUGCCCCGGCCCGGGACGGAAAGGGCGUCCCGCCGCGGACAUGUGCUGCCCUGAGCCUGCAGGAGAGACUGUGAGGUGCCUGGCAUGCCCACCCUCACAGCUGGAAUCGGGGGGAGUGGAGCCCAACUGCCAAGAAGCCUGGCCCCAGGCGUGCUUGCAGGGUCACCUUCAGCAUCAGGACCAGACACAAAAGAUUUUGAUGUACCCAGUGACAGCCACUCAAGCCUGUCUCCUUGAGAGGAGGCCCAGGUCUCCGGAUGGGCAUUUGGGAGUACCCCUCACCAAUGGUUGAGCACAGAGGGACCCUGGCUUCACCCCCACCCUGGGCGUAGAAGCCCUGGCAUCCGGGGAGGAUGAGGGGAAAUGACACAUGCUCCUCUGUCUCCUAGGCCUGACCCCUUGGGGUUCCUCCAUCCCAAGGUCACCUGACUUAGGCCCAUGGCUGGAGGUGGCCACCUCUUGCUCUCGUGCAGAUUAUGUACCCAUUGGCCAAAGACCCCCAUGCAGCUGUCUCCUGCCCUUGCUCGGAGAGGCUUGUGAACUCAGGGCACUGCUCAAAUGUCCCCUCCUAUGGGAAGACUUCCCUGGACUCCAAGACAUCCAAUGUUCCUCCACCAGAGCAUGUUAGAUCACAUUUUUCUCCCUGUGGCUGAAGCCCUCUUUAAACGGGGAGCCCCUGAAGGCAGGGAGCAUGUAGUUUGGCAGUACCUGGCACAAUACACUUUAAAAAUCCAAAUAAACAGAAAAAGUGUAAAGUAUUAUAAGCAUAACAUGAUGGGGGUGUUAAUCAGGGGUCUGCCCGACCUCUCAGAGGAUGCUUGUCCUGUUUUUAAAAAGGCACCUACUAUGUAUUUUAAAGUCAAAUCUGAUUUUGUAAGUCAUAUGGGCCCAGCCUCACAUCCGGGGCCACCUGCCCGGGGCAGGUGGCAGAAUGGUGGCAGAGAUUUGGAUGCAGGUGUAUCUGAGUCUGCCUGCACCUGUAGGCGAGAUGCACAGGCCAUACCUUCUCCCUCCUUGGUUGUGUCCAUCUUUUUUUUUUUUUUUUUUUUGGUUGUGUCCAUCUUGAUCUGUGACAUCAAAGCAAGAGGAAGUGAAUGCCACCUCUUGUGUUGGGGAGAGCUGGGGCUGGCCGUUUGGUGGUAGGAAGUGAAAAAAUCUCAGGUGCACUCCAUGGAUCACAGGGCUGAUGGAGAGGGGGCUGGGUUAGGAGGGGACCUGAACUAAGCAGUCCAGGGCACACCCCCUCAUCAGCAGCAGGGGUGGAUGGUGGGGUCGGCCACUGACCAAGUAGGAGAGGGAAAAGAGAAGCAGAUUUCUGGGUGGAAGGGAAGAAGCUGCAUGCCAAUUCGGAUGUGCUGAGCGUGAGAUGCCCAGGAAACGUCCCCUGGGGACACUUAGAUGUGGGUCUGUAACUCAAGGGACUUGGGGUUAAAGUCAGUUCUGGGUUGGGACUAAGAAGUGGGUAAGAUGUCCAAGAAGGUAUGGUAAAGACAGGACCCUCAUGAGGAGAGGAGACGGGAUAGAAGCGGGAGAGGAAGUCAGAAGAGCGUGAAAAGUCCGGGGCUAGAGGAGUUGGGGGCAGAAAGAACUCUUGGGGCCUUGUCUACAGACGGUGAGGAGGAGGGGAGCAGCCAAGAUGGGAGGUACUGGAGUCCGGCCGGGGGCCGAGCGCCUCAAAGAAGUUGUGAGAAUUGGCUUGGCCACGGGCGGCACCCCGGGGUAUGGGCCUCCUGCAGGGGUAGCUGCGUCCCGCCGUCCGCCCCGUCGAAGCGUGAAGGCGCAUGCGCAGAGCGGCGGGCAUUGUCACGUGCGGCUGUCUCGCGCGGAUUGGCCCGCGGUCUCCCGAGACUGGCCCGAGCUGUCCGUGCGGCGGCGCGCGCGGAGGGAUCCUGCGUAGGCGCGGCGCGGCGGGAAGGGGACCACGGUGCGUCCCCGGGCCUGGCCCUCUGGGGCCGACCCCUCCUCUCCCUGACCUGGGCGGGAGGAUGGGCGCGCCCGGACCCCGGUGGCCCCGCCUGGAUAGUGACCCGAGCUCUGGCCCUCGGGGGGGGGGGUCUCCCUCCUCCCCUCCUGGGGCCGGUGGAGUGGGCGCGUCCGGGGCCCCGCCCCGACGGCCGCUCCGCCCCCAGGCAGCCGGGCAGCCGAAGCCCUCGAGAAUGGAGGUUCUGGACGAGUUCGACAGCGAGUUCCCGCAGAGUGUGACCUUCUGCCAGCUCAUCCCCGAGGAGGACUUCGAGAGGCAAGCGGCGACCUACACUGAGAGCGCGCUGCGCCUCCUCUUCCUUAGCCUCGACCGCAACCCGGCGCUGGAUGAGAGCGUGGUGCGCAAGGGCAAGCAGGCGGAGUGCGAGCGGCGUGGGCUCCUGUCCUUCCUCUGGGUGCGGGCCCGGGAGGGCGGGGCUCCGGGCUGCUGGUAG